AUGAAACUAGACACCUUAGUACACAAGAACUUCAACGAUUGGAACCUUUGGAACAACUGCAAGUCUUUAGGCCUGCAAAGGAAAUACUACUACAGAAAAAACAAGAUCAGGAUAGCCGGCAGGAUAAUUGCGAUAGUCAAGGAGAAAACUACCUUCUGCACAUCACCGUUAUACACUUAUGUCUGUGAUGAUCGAAGAUCUCCGGCUCUUCCAAACCCGGAAGAUAAAAGAAACUGGGAACGAUUGUUUGCCUAUCUGUAG